GGCCACGUUUUUUUUACUAUAGUUUCUCGUGUGUGGUUCCUUCCUUGCGGUUUUCCAUGGAGACGCAGCUGGAGUUCUGCUUGGUGGGCGAUUCCUCGCUUUACACCAAGAAGGGCAACGGGAAGCCCAGCAAGAUCGAGACGGCCUUGCGCGAUGCACUGGGCGCCCACGUGAGGGUCUUUAGCUUCCCCGGUGGAGGCAUUCGUGACAUUUUGACGCACAUCCAGGGAGCCUCUGGAUGCGAGACCUUGGGAAUCUCAUACUUUGGCAACGAGCACACCAAGCUCCCAAUGGACGUCUGCAUCUACAAGCCAUUAUGGCAGCAGCUCUUUGACAGUCUCCCUAGCAGGUGCCAACGCUGUACCUUCUUUGUUGGCGGCUUCGCGAGGAAGUAUGGAUUGACUUCAAUCUACGAUCAGAACAUGGCGCACAUCCGGAAGUGGAUCACCUCCGCUGGCUUUGAGGUGAAGCGAUGUUUCGAGAAGGUGAGGACAUGGCCUUUGGCAAAAGACAAGCUUCACUUUUCUGCAGACGCGAAGGAUGACUUGGUGGAACAUUGGUGCGAAAUGCUUAUUGAAGCUCCCUUUGUUCAUCCUCACCGUCCUGGCGCCCGUGCGCUGCCAGAUCGGAAGCAUCGACCCAAGAGACGCAAGACAGAAGACUUACCGCGAAUGCGUUCACCGGCAAUACCUCCGCGGGAUGUGCCUUUGCCUUUCCGCAAGAGGCCAGUGCCAGCAGAGCCAGGUGUGGAGGAUGAGGCCGUAGAGUGGGUGGAUGAAGUCAUCGCGGAGUUCGAAGCCGGGGACUUCCUCCACGUCAUGGAGGGGCUGUUGGACAUGCGCGAAGCGGCUUUGUGCUCCUUCUCCGAGGGCGGCUUGUCGGAGAGCGGGAAGAAGCGGCUCUGCCACGGCUUGGCCACCAUCUGCUCCCAGCGCGCAGGGCCCAACUCCUGGUUGCACGGAGGCUCGGGCGGAGUCGUGUCCGUGAACCGCUUUGCGGCGUUGGUCUCCGAGCGGCUGCCGGUGGAACUGCAGCGCCUGGUGGCCAUGGCCUUGUGGAAGAAGGGGAAGGUGGAGGUACUGGUACCUGAGAACCACUGCUUGCGGAACGGUCGCUUCCGACCGGCAUGAGGCGAAAAAGGUCACCUCAACCGCUCGCAUGCGGACUCUCGAACGGUCGCUCCCUCGGGGGGCC